AUGAGAUUAGAUUAAAAAACAAAAUACUCUGAGUUUCUUUAUAGCAAAUAAUUUGAAUUAAAAAAGAAUCCAAAUUUAUCUGAAGAAAGCUACCUGACUAACUAGACCAAUAUAUUAGUACAUUCAGCUCCUUUGAAAAGGUAGAUUUAAAAUAAUCAACAAUUUACUCACUUCAGAAGAGUAGUAUUUUUUCCAACUCACUUUUAUGAGAAGAAUUCUUUUGAGUUAAAAAUUGGAGAUAAAAUGGUUGAUCUACUCCAGUGCAUGUAUGUUGUUACUGAGCAAGAUUAUAGCAACAACAAAAUUGUCUAAAUAUAGCUUUAGAAUUAUGCUGAUUAUAAUUAGAACUUGCCUUAUUAUCAAGUUGUCUGUAAGCUUAAUGAUAAUCACUUAGAAAUUUAAGCUGGAAUUGUGGGUGACAAAUAUCUUAUCCUUGCUAUCCAAUCAAAUGAAUAAAUUAAUAUCAAAAUACUUAAUUUUGAUUUGACAUUAGUUUUCGAAUACGAAUAAAAACAUAAUAUCGAAGAAAAAAAAAACUAUUUUUACCACACCAACAGCGCAACAAAUUAUUUUGACAAUGAAAUAGAUUAUUGUGAACCUGGAAUAAUUUAUUUUCUAGGCACUCAAAUACUAAUAAGAAUAGAUUUAAAUAAACAAUAAGUAAUAUUUAAAGUAUUUGAAGAAUAAUUCAAAUUGUUAUUGAGAUUGAUGCCUAUUACAUAAAGCGAGUUUAUAUACUACUUUAAAAACUGCGAUAAAAAUUAAUUAUCAGGAUACAACAACAACGAUAAAGAAUUCUUAAUUUUGUUUGCAAUAAUCAAUUAAAAAAUUUAUUAAAUAAACAUUUAAAAUUUAGAGAUAAUUAGAUUCACAAAAGUUUAAAUAAUAUGCAAGGAGUAUUUUAUUAAACCAAUUUAUUCAGUUUUUCCUAUUCCUAUUUAAAUUAAAGAUAGACAAAGAAAAGAAUUUUCAAAUUGGACAUUUUUAUUCCAUGCAGUAGGUCGUCACUAUUUUUUAUAAGAUUGGAAAGAAUAAAAUUUAUUCUAAAUACCAAAAAAAUAAAAUUUUUUAUCAUGCAAUUUCAGUGCUUCUUAAAGAAUUUUUUCUCACUAAAAUGGUAUUUUUGUGUUAUAUUAAAACAAAUAAGUUGACUAAUUCUGGAAGAGAAGAGAUGCUUCUGCAUAAUUUUAGAUAUAGAUUUCAAAGAAAAAAGGCGAGAAAAAUUUUAACUAAACUCUUGAGCAAAGAAACGAACAGUCCAGCAUUUACUUUUCAUAAAACUUUUAUAUUAAAAAUUUCUUCCAUCCAAUAUUGUAUAAGAAUGAAUUAACAUAUCCAACCUAUAUGUAAACAGAUUAAAACUCAUACUAUUUUAUUUCUAAUUUCAUUGCUUUUCAUUCAUUCAAAGAGCAGGCAAAUAAAUAGCUGUAAUACUAAAUCAAGAAACUAAAUAAAUCUGAUUAUUAAGUUCUUAAGGAUGACUCUUUGAAUUUCUUCACUUAUCAAAACCAAACAAAAAUAUUGCUCUUUGAUACCAAUCAAAACGAAGUUACAUAUGACCUUCGAUUGCAAGAUAAUAUCUAAGAAUAUUUCUUCAAUCAAAGCAAAUUUGAACAAAUUUUUAUUACUGAAGCUCAUCAAGUAUAUAAAAUUUGUUCUUAUAAAUUACCAAAUAAGCAAGAAGAAAAAAAUGAGUAUGAAGAUGAUCCUUAAAUUGAAGAAAUAAAAAAUGGGAUUAAGUGCUAUUCUCAGUUCACUUUAGACAGAAAAAAUAACAAUGAGUUAUAUUUGCCAAUAAUUUAUGCAAAAGAACAAGUAAAAUAUUUUGGGAUAUUAGACCUGAAUUAAAAGAAAAUAAUAGAAUAAACAGUCCAUUUGGCUAAUUAGACUUAAGGUUUACUAUCUCAUUAUAAUGAAGAAAAAAGACUGUUUACUUUAUUGUUUUUUAAGAAAGUUCAUAACUCUUCAUAUGUCUUUUUUUAUUAAUUAAACAUGAAAAAUUUCGAUUUUAAAUUUGUAAAUAUGCACAGAUUCGAAGAAUUUUAUGAUAUUAAUCUAUUCUCUUAAUAUCUUAAAGUAAAGAACGAUAACUUUAAUGUCUUAAUACCUAAUAAGCCAAAUUUAAUAAUAAAAUUCAACCAAAAAAAGAAAUUCGAAAUCAAAAAAAUAAUUAAAAAUUGCUUAGCUAAAUAUGAAUUUGCUAACAGUUAUGAAUAAGAUACGAAAAGAUAAUACUUUUUCCUCAAGAACGCCAAAAAUUCUUUGAAAAUUUUCUACAUAGGCUUUUAUUAAGGAGAAAUGUAUAAAAGCUAAACAAUGCUGAGUGUCUAUGAUAUUAAAUAAAAUUCAAUUUAAUUUAUCAAUAAAGACAUCAUUAAAAAUGAAGAAGAUGAAUAAUAAUAAUAAGGAUUAGGUUAAAAUAUCAAUGUUAGCUAAUUACUUACUGGAGAAAUUCUUGUCUAUGAUGGAAUUUAAUAGAUAGGUAGAAUUAUUAGCUAAUGA